AUGCGGCUCGAGAGCCGCGGGUUGGCCACCCCUGCCUACGACUGUAUAUCAAGCGGGCAAACUCUGCGGGAACAGCCGGGCGCCAAAUACGGAAGGCUGGGAGGAGUCAUAGCAGCCUACAAGAUCGUUCCAGAUGAAAUUGAUGAGAUCAAGGACACUCUCCUGGAGUGGUGUGAUGAGCAGCAGCUGAAUCUCAUCCUCACCACUGGAGGAACUGGGUUUGCACCCCGAGAUGUCACCCCUGAGGCCACCAGAGAGGUGAUAGAGCGGGAGGCUCCGGGGAUGGCCCUGGCCAUGCUGAUGGGAUCACUCAAUGUAACACCACUAGGCAUGCUGUCCAGGCCUGUGUGUGGUAUCCGUGGUAAAACUCUGAUCAUCAACCUGCCAGGGAGUAAGAAGGGCUCUCAGGAGUGUUUCCAGUUCAUCCUGCCUGCUCUGCCUCAUGCCAUCGACCUGCUGCGUGAGGCCAUCGUCCAGGUGAAGAACACGCAUGCCGCCCUGGAGCAGCUGCCCUCCCCCUCCCCUCUGCUGGCCAACAUGCACCUCGACUCCAACAUGCACACCAUGGAGCGCGGCACCCAGUGCGAGGACGAGGAGGAGGAGGACGAGGAGGAGGACAUGAGGAGAGGGCGGCACGUGCACAACCACCACCACCACCACCACCUCCAGCACGGCUCCUCCCACAUCACCGCAGCCGCUAUCGCUGCCAAGACGAGCCAUGCUGUGGUCAUGGCUAAGGGGGCUCCCUACCUGCCCGGCAACACACCUGCCCCGCCCACUCAUUUCACCUGCUCCUGUUCCCAUGACCAGCAGAUCCCGGACUCUAUCAUUUCUCGAGGCGUUCAGGUGCUUCCUCGAGAUUCAGCCUCUUUGAGCUCCACCCCUUCUGAGUCACCACGGGCAACACAGGCGACCUCCCGCCUUUCCACCGCCUCAUGCCCGACACCCAAGGUUCAGUCCCGAUGUGGCAGUAAUGAGAACAUUCUGAGGGCCAGCCACAGUGCAGUGGACAUCAGUAAAGUGGCACGUCGUCAUCGCAUGUCUCCGUUCCCAUUGACGUCGAUGGACAAAGCCUUCAUCACUGUUCUAGAGAUGACACCUAUUCUGGGAAUUGAAGUCAUUAACUACAGAGACGGUUUGGGUCGAGUGCUCGCUCAGGACAUCUAUGCCAAAGACAACCUUCCUCCAUUCCCGGCUUCCGUUAAAGAUGGCUAUGCGGUACGAGCCGCGGACGGCCCGGGAGAUCGCUUCAUCAUGGGAGAAUCACAGGCUGGACAGCAGCCCACCCACACAGUUAUGCCAGGUCAGGUGAUGAGGGUAACGACCGGCGCUCCGAUACCUUGUGGUGCUGAUGCUGUGGUCCAGGUAGAAGACACAGAGCUUCUGAGGGAGUCUGAGGAUGGCACAGAGGAGCUCGAGGUGAGGAUUAUGGUCCAGGCCCGGCCCGGACAGGACAUCAGGCCAAUAGGUCAUGACAUCAGGCGAGGGGAGUGUGUGUUGGCUAAAGGAACACAUAUGGGCCCGUCAGAGAUCGGCCUGCUAGCUACAGUGGGGGUGACGGAGGUCAGCGUGCACAAGUUCCCUGUGGUUGCUGUCAUGUCCACUGGGAAUGAGCUGUUGAAUCCAGAGGAUGACCUCCACCCAGGAAAAAUCAGAGACUCCAACCGCUCAACUCUGCUGUCCACCAUCCAGGAACAUGGAUAUCCUACCAUCAACUUGGGCAUCGUUGGAGACAACCCUGAUGACUUGCUGUCGGCUCUCCAUGAGGGAAUCAGUCGUGCCGAUGUCAUCAUCACCUCAGGGGGUGUGUCCAUGGGAGAGAAGGACUACCUAAAGCAGGUGCUGGAUAUUGAUCUUCAUGCUCAGAUCCACUUUGGACGAGUCUUUAUGAAGCCAGGUCUUCCUACUACCUUUGCCACAGCGGACAUUGACGGAGCACGGAAACUCAUCUUUGCUCUGCCAGGAAACUUCAACUUCAGAGUGACUGGGCCCUCCCUGCUGGAGGCCGUAGCCCCGAGUGAGGCCGAGACCAGGCAACCACUAUCCACUGCACCUACAGGAAGUAGGUCCUGA